AGUGCAGAAAGCGAAAUGCUACCGGCGUUGAGCAUGUCGACGGCAGCGCGACGGAUUGCAGUGCAGGCGCGGUGCUUGGCGUCACUGUCGGCGAGCGCGCGUGUGCCAAUCAUCCCGGGAGCCACCAAGACAGCCGCAGCGUGCAUUAUUGCAAACGAAGUGCUGACUGGCAAGGUGCACGAUGUCAACACGCACAAGCUUGCAAGCUUUUGCUUUGACAAUGGCAUUUCGCUGUCGCGGGUGGAAAUCGUGCCCGACGUCGAGAGCGACAUUAUUCGAUCCGUGCAGACACUCUCUGCCAACUACGAUCUCGUGUUUACAAGCGGCGGUAUUGGUCCGACACACGACGAUAUUACAUACCAAUCGAUUGCGAAAGCGUUUGGUCUCAAGCUCGAGCACAAUGCCGAAAUUAUCAAGCUCAUGGAAGCUCACUAUGCAAAACGCAACAUGCAGCUCACAGAGCCCAUCAAGCGCAUGGCGCUCCUGCCGACCCCAGCAAAGUUGCUCAAAACAGACGGACUGUGGGUACCGCUGGUCGUGGUGGCAGGCAAUGUAUACAUUCUACCAGGUGUCCCAAUGCUCUUUUCGAAAAUGCUGGAUGCUGCGCAACCGUUGCUGGCGACCGCGCACAAAUUUACGCGACGCAUCUUGUACACGAGUCUGUUUGAAUCCCAGAUUGCGAAUGCCAUGACGCAAGCUACCAUCGACAUUCCCUCUGUGAGCAUUGGUAGCUAUCCUCGCUUUAACGACGAUCAUGUUCGUGUGAUGAUUUCGUUCGAGGGCAGCAACGAGGCUGAUGUCCUCCGCUGUGUGGAAGCCAUUCAAGCCCAAAUUCAAGGUUUCGACUCGGAAUCUGCCUGUCGCGCUGCGUCGGAAGCUCGCCGACAGGCCAAGCAGAAGCCUUUGUCCGAUUGACUUGUCGAGCAUACGAGAGCCUGUCAAGUUUUGGAUCGGUGGGGGGAGGCUCGCAAUCCAAAAGUGCUUUUCUCCGUUUUUGAUUCGCUGUUCGUUUCAAACCUCUUCUCGUGCACUUGUAUCCCAUCAAUGAAAGAACAGCAAUUCAGAAAAA